AUGACCUUGAUUCUGCAAUCUCUUGCUUCACACGGCCAGUCCCAGAAUCGCGAUGUCCCGGCCCCCGACAGCGACGCGGCUCGCAACGCCGCCUUCCAUGGCUUCAAUCCAGUCAUUCUUAGAUUCCUAGAGCGCAUCGCUAUGAAGCUAGAGAAGCCGGAGUCGGCGUGGACUGCAGACAAGAAAGCCAUGGUCACCAUGGCCAUCUUCUCGGGUAUCACGACGGCCCUCAAUUAUUUGAGGAGACCGAUCAGUCGAAAUGCCUGUUACAAGAAGGUUGCAAAGAUCAUAGGCUGUGCAGAAGAGGUAAAGCUGGCGAAGAAGGCCGCUCUCGAGGCUUUGGAGGGACAAGUUGAUAACCUCUGGAAAACCGCCGACAAGGGUCUUGCCGAGAUAAAGGGCAGGGUUAAGCAUGGAGAACUCAAUCUGUUGGAUGGCAAGCUCGAUGAAGAAGCCAGGACCUUCACAAUUCGUGUUGACGCGAUGGCUACAGCCGAGAGAGUCACUGGUUUGGAACGCCGCGUUGAUGCGAUGGCCGAAGCCGAAAGAGUCAGCGAUCUGGAACGUCGCGUUUCCGAGCUAACGGCAACGGUGAACACCAUCGGGGCUGAUCUCAAUGAGCAAGCGAUCAGGGGUGGUGUCACGAUCAAAGCACUAAGAAGUAGCAUAGACGCAUUGAAGGAAGACUACGGGAAAGCAUCAUCUCGAAUUGAUGAGCUCGAGGAAAACAUCCAGGACACAGCUACCGACCUUGACGCGCACAAGGCCCAGUUCAGCCAUUUUAUGUAG